AGUCUUGAGUCGAAAUUGAGCAACCCCCCAUGGAUUGACGCCCAAGUAGCUAGUAUCACCCAUUGCUAAUUUUAUCCCUCUUCCAUUGCACCACUCGAGCUCUGAGUCGAGGUGGUUCGCAAUCAAUGGAUAUCCUCGUCUCUGCAAUCGUGGGUGACCUCAUCAGCAGGUCUGCAUCGUUCGUGAUUAGCAGAUACUUCCAGCAGCAGCCUGACAUCAAUAAGAUUCUACAGAGGCUAUGGAGUGUCCUACUGAGAAUCGAUAUCUUCGUCGAGGAGGCCGAGGCACGGCACAUCACCAACCAGGGGAUGCUCCGUCAGCUCAAGAUGUUGAGGCAAGGAAUGUACAGAGGCCGCUAUGUUCUCGAUGCCUUGCGAUUCCAAGCCGCCCGCGGCGAGGAGGAGAUGAGCCACUCGUCAUCUGCACUGUCCAAAUCCAGUCCAACCAAAUGCCUUCGUUUCUCUCGCACCCGCAGUGGCAGCAGCAGCAGCAACAGAGAAGCACUGUUGUUUGGCACAAACAACAACAUACAAGACGAGCUGCAACGGAUGGUUGAUACCCUUGAAGACACCGUGGCUGGUAUGAAGGAGUUUCUUUUCUUCAUGGAGCUGUAUCCUCGGAUCCUCCGCCAACCUUAUGGUAUGUAUUUGCUAUUGGACAACUGCAUGUUUGGUCGCCAAAUGGAACGGGAACAGGUUCUGAAUUUCUUGCUUAGUCCUGGUGCUACAUCAGACUUGGCUGUACUUCCGAUUGUUGGUCCAAUAAGAGUAGGGAAGAGCACCCUUGUUGAACAUGUCUGUAGGGAUGAGAGUGUGCGCAGUCACUUCUCGAUGAUCCUGUUCUUUCCACAAGGUAGUCUCAGGGAUGAAGGGGUGGUUGACCUGAAAAGAAACAAUAUUAAUGGUCUAGUAAGAUAUCGAAACUCUGCUUCUCAGACCAGGUUGCUGAUUAUUGUUGAAAUAGCUGAGGAUAUUAAUGAAGGAACAUGGAGAAGGCUGAAAUCCUCCACAACCGGCAUGACACCGUGUGGUGGGAGCAAAAUUAUAAUAACCAGUCGAUCAGAUAGAAUUGUGAAUCUGGGAACAACUGAAGCACUUCGACUGGACUUUCUCCCUCCAGAAGCUUACUGGCAUUUUUUCAAGUCACUUGUAUUCAGAAGCACAAACCCUGAUGAGCAGCCAAAACUAGCAACAAUGGCCAUGGAGAUCGCUUUGGAACUGCGACAGGGUUUCACAAGCGCGCAUAUCGCUUCUGGGAUAUUGCGACAUAACUUUAAUGCUCGAUUCUGGUGCACAGUUCUUGAAUGUGUAAGAGAAAGUAGACAGACAAAUCUCAAUAUGUUUGGCCAGCACCCAAACCUUCGUUUACGGGAAGAUGCACCGGUGUAUUGUUGGAGAUUGGUGAAGAGCUGCAGAUAUUUCUUGAUUCACAACUAUCAUCAGUCAGAUUCCAGUGAGAAUGUCCCUAAGAUCAAUCUGAGGGACAUCGUCUUAGGAUCUGGUGGUAAACUACCCUGUGGAGAAUUUGAGGCUCUUGCAUGGAAGUCGCGCAUACCGCCCUACUACAACUACAGGGUAAGCUGUAAGAUGCAAGCACCACAACUUACAGUAGGAAGGAAGAAGCGUGUGCGUCAAGAGGAAGAACAUUUUGUUUGAAUAGCACACUGUCUGUGACUCAUAUCAUGUAUACUACCAUGUUGUCCUGUGAAUUAGGAAAUAUUAUUACUCAGGAGUCUUGCCAAGUUAGUUACCAUAUAUGUCUAUUAACAUGUAGGCAUGCCGGACUUCUAUCCUCGUAGCAUAAGUCUGUACUUUCAGAUUCAAUACAGUGUUAGCAUUCCGGUUAAAUCAGAGUCCAAGACAAAAUGUAUUUAUAAAGUUGAGUGCUUGAGUCUGUAUCCUAGUGAUCAAGAUACUAUGUAUAACCUAUAAACUUAAGCCUUGCUAUCACACAUGUAUUGAUCUUUGGGCAUGAAGAAAAGAGUAAGGAAAAGUGCAUCAAAUUUGCUCUGUUUCCCAUGUACGCGUGUGUUUGAUCCUUGGGCAAAAGGCCAAUAUGUUUCAAUUCCUCUGUCACAUUUAUUUUUUUGUGACAGAUUCCUUUCUUGCUGGAUUUAAAGAUCAGAAAGAUGAGCUGGAUCAGGAGU